AUCUCUAAACUACGUCCUCUCGAUAGUUUGUUAAUUUGUUAAGAAUUGAAAGGUCUAAUCUAAAACUACAAGGACACUAUGUAAGUUUUUUUUUCCAUAUCAGGAAGUCAACUUUACUAUCUUGACAAGUUAUUGAGUAACAGAACUGCAUUUCUCAAUAACCUAAUUUGAUAAUAAACUGCAUAAAGAGCUGGGUGUAUAUCAAGACACAAAGAGCCCAGCUGGAGCACAAUUGACACUACUGGAGUUCUGGCAGCAUGGGGGUAGUUGGUGCUCUCCAGUGUCUGACACUUAUCCACAUUCUGCUCUGCUGUGAAUCUCUUCCUUUUAGGCAAAUGCAGUUUUUCAUCCAGCACACUUGGGACAGCGAUCCUGUGAAUCAUGACCCCAUCAGGGUCAAUUUCUCUCCUGGGCAAGGAGGGCUGAAGAUCGAGAUGUUUGGUCCCUUCUUCAAUGACCCAGCAGCCCCUGCAGCUCCCCCCAGUCAGCCCUUUCCUGGACUCUGGGAUUAUGAAGUUGUGGAGUCCUUCUUCCUCGACAGUACCACAGAAAACUACCUGGAAGUGGAGUUUUGUCCACAUGGACAGCACCUGAUAUUAUUGCUGUCGGGAGUUGGCCAAGCCUUCCAGCAACAACUGCCCAUGGUGUUUAACGCCACGAUCACAGGGGACCGGUGGAUGGGUGAGGCUCUGCUCCCCUGGUCGUACUUACCUCCCAACAUCAACAAGAUGAACUCCUACGCUAUUCAUGGCUCAGGAGAGAAGCGUAGCUAUGAGGCUCUGUACCCCAUCCCCAAGGAGGAGACAGUGGAAGGCCAGAAACCCAACUUCCACCGCCUGGAGUAUUUCCAAAAUUUCCGCCUGCAAAGCAUCAUGGGAGAAGGUUGGAUCCAACCAGUGUCUGAUCUGUGGAUAGGAAAGCCCUGAGCUUUUCAAAAACACUCCCUUGUCUCUCUCCUUCUGUCUUUCUUUUGCACACGCACACGCACGCACACACGCACACACACACACACACACACACACACACACACACACACACACACACCACAGUGGCCGGGCAAUAGUACAAAGAUUCAUUAACGGGAAACAAAGGGCAAUCAAUCUUUAUUAGUUAAUGAUGCCAAACGAUAUGACAAGAAAUAUGUUAUCAGCUUGUCAGAGCAUAUCAGCCUUCACACACACAUCUCCAUCCACACGGUCACACACACACAUCACAAGGUAUUGGACGUCACCUUAAUUUGCCUCGGCAGAGUGUAACCUACAGCAUUUCUACUGUGGAUGGUGGCAAGAAAUGCUGGCUUUGACAUUGUGCUCGUGUGCAGCCUGUGCGUUUCACUCCAGUGAGGUAGACCACAGCAGUGUGGUUCUUUGUAUAUUGCUUUUUUCUCUGCAAUUGUUUGUGACUCCAUGUCAUUUUAAUUGGCGACGGUGGCUAAGUGGAGAGCAGGGCCGUCCUUCAAUCAGGAUCAGCGGUUGGAACCCCGGCUCCGCUAGUCGCAUGUCGAUGUGUCCUUGAGAAACUGAACCCCAUGUAUGGGGUGUAUGAAUGUGAUAGAGUCGCUUUGGAUAAAAGCUAAAUGACUGUAAUGUGAAUGUUUUUCUGAUGCAGGAUUAAAGAAAAACUUAAUUAUUAUAGUCGUCAUUAUAUAUUAGCUACAUAUAUAUGAAAUUUAACCUGUAAUUGUUGAUUAUGUUUCAUGUCUCUGCAUUAAAUGAAUGCACCUUCACUUUAAAAAU